GCUGUGAGCAUGCCCCCUUCAGGCCGCUCUAGCCGCCCUUCUCGCCUGCUCUGCUGGGAGGCGGGCUCACCCGCGGGGGUCCCUCCAAGAUGGCGGCGCAGAGGAGGAGCCUGCUGCAGAGUGAGCAGCAGCCGAGCUGGACAGACGACCUGCCGCUCUGCCACCUCUCUGGGGUUGGUUCAGCCUCCAACCGCAGCUACUCUGCUGAUGGCAAGGGCACCGAGAGCCACCCACCGGAGGACAGCUGGCUCAAGUUCAGGAGUGAGAACAACUGCUUCCUGUACGGGGUCUUCAACGGCUAUGAUGGCAACCGGGUGACCAGCUUCGUGGCCCAGCGGCUGUCUGCAGAGCUCCUGCUGGGCCAGCUCAGCACGGAGCACACCGAGGCGGACGUGCGGCGUGUGCUGCUGCAGGCCUUUGAUGUGGUGGAGAGGAGCUUCCUGGAGUCCAUUGAUGACGCAUUGGCUGAGAAGGCCAGCCUCCAGUCCCAGCUGCCAGAGGGUGUCCCUCAGCACCAGCUGCUUCCUCAGUACCAGAAGAUCCUCGAAAGACUCAAGGCACUGGAGAGGGAGAUUUCGGGAGGAGCCAUGGCUGUUGUGGCGGUCCUUCUCAACAACAGGCUCUAUGUCGCCAACGUCGGUACGAACCGUGCCCUUUUAUGCAAAUCCACGGUGGACGGGCUGCAGGUGACCCAGCUGAACGUGGACCACACCACGGAGAACGAGGACGAGCUCUUCCGCCUCUCUCAGCUGGGUUUGGAUGCAGGAAAGAUCAAGCAAGUGGGGGUCAUCUGUGGGCAGGAGAGCACCAGGCGCAUCGGGGAUUACAAGGUCAAGUACGGCUACGCUGACAUCGACCUACUGAGUGCUGCCAAGUCCAAGCCUAUCAUUGCAGAACCCGAGAUCCACGGUGCACAGCCCCUGGAGGGGGUGACCGGCUUCCUGGUGCUGAUGUCGGAGGGGCUGUACAAGGCCCUGGAGGCAGCCCACGGGCCUGGGCAGGCCAACCAGGAGAUCGCCGCCAUGAUCGACACUGAGUUCGCCAAGCAGACUUCCUUGGAUGCGGUGGCCCAGGCCGUGGUGGACCGGGUGAAGCGCAUCCACGGUGACACCUUUGCCAGUGGUGGGGAGCGUGCCAAGUUCUGCCCCAGGCACGAGGACAUGACCUUGCUGGUGAGGAACUUCGGCUACCCACUAGGCGAGAUGAGCCAGCCCGCAGCGUCCCCGGCCCCAGCUACAGGAGGCCGCGUGUAUCCCGUGUCUGUGCCGUACUCCAGCGCCCAGAGCACCAGCAAGACCAGCGUGACCCUCUCCCUCGUCAUGCCCUCCCAGGGCCAGCUGGUCAAUGGGGCCCACAGCGCCUCCACCCUGGAUGAGGCCACCCCCACCCUCACCAACCAGAGCCCGACCCUGACCCUGCAGUCCACCAACACGCACACCCAGAGCAGCAGCUCCAGCUCAGACGGGGGCCUCUUCCGCUCCCGGCCUGCCCACUCGCUCCCGCCCGGGGAGGAUGGCCGGGUCGAGCCCUAUGUGGACUUUGCCGAGUUUUACCGUCUCUGGAGCGUGGACCAUGGCGAGCAGAGUGUGAUGACGGCGCCAUAGCCCUGACCGCGGAAUGUGGCCCACGCAGGACCUUGCAUGGGGACAAGGGGGCCCAGCUCUGGGGCGGGAUGGUCCUUUUCCUACCACUUGCCUGUGCCCGUGGGGGCCGGUGUGCCCGGUCCUGAGCCUACACCAUACUCUCAGCCCACACAGUGCUUGGUGCUGCAGACAACAUUCUCUGAGAGAGCACCAGUGCAGACUUGUCACCGCACAGAGAGCCGGAGGCCACUUCCUUGGGCAGACACAGGACCACUGUGGUCUCACAACACUGGCUCAGUGCAGGAACCGCGCUGGCCCGCAAGCCCGCCACUUGGGACGGAGCGUGGGGAGUUCUCCUGCGACCCUGCAUGCCACGAGCCCGGCAGCCACGGCUUUCUCAAGGCCACCACCUUCCCCGGAAGAGCCCGUGGCCACUGCGACUGCCCCCUCACCAGUGGGCGGUGUCCCCCCCCCACCCCCCUUUCUUCUUCAGCCUCCGCGUGGAACCCUGGUUGGCAUCUGCACCUUCAAAGCCUGCCCCCGUCCCUGGGCCUGCCUGGGUGGUUUUCAGUGGCAAAUGUUCGGGGAGACCAGGGGAAGCGCCGGGAGCCUGGGGUGGCCUGCACAGGGGCAGGUCCAGCGGAAAGGAACGAGAGGGAACUGAUCCAACAGGAGCCCCCCAGAGGGGGCAGGAUGCGCGCAGACCGAGCGGGGACGGUGGCCGCUCUUGUCAGGCCCCUCCAGGAAUGGGGAGGCCCUGGGUCGGGGUGAGCUGGCUCUGCUGUCUCCCUUCCCGGGCCGAGGAAGGCCCCGGACCGGGGAGCUGCUAAAAUUAGCCGGCUUUACCGCCAACGACAAGUUCUAUCGGCUGUAAGGAAAAAACAGGUCACGAGUCAGGCCUGGGGGCUCGUUUGAAAGAACAGUGGGGAACACUUCCAGAAGGGAAGAGGUUUUGGAUACCAGCUGUCACGGGUGACCGAGGGCUUCAGAGACACGCACCGCUUUGACACACACUUGGGGACAGGAGCAGACCGGCCCAGGCCCUGAGACCGUAUCACAUGUGCUCUCUGCUGUCGGUGGGCAGAGGCCGCCGCUAGGGCUGUGGGCCAGGAGUGCCGCCCCCCACUUGGGGAAGAGGAGGCAGGAGGCCCACAGCCCGCCCGACUCCCACAGUGGGUGAUGGAGCCGCACUCAGACCUUUUCUCCGGGGUCUGAGGCCUCCCCGGGCCCCUCUGCCCCGCCCCGGCUCCCAGGACCCUGGCCCACGACACCCCAGACCCAGCUCACCAGGGGCCACCGCCACGUGCGGCCUCCAGGGUGCCCAGACUCUGGAUGAUCGGAGGCCAGUGCUGAGGCCCUGCUCGCUCUGCGGUGCUCCCCGCAGCCGAGCGGGGCCCAGGGUGCUGCGCUGGGGGGCAGGGGGCAGUUUCCGAGGGGGCCGUGCCCGAGGAGGACCGGCGCCUCUUGGCGGGGACCCUGACCACGGAGCUGUGUCUGUUGCGCAGGUGACACAAGGGCUUGCGAACAAAGAGCGUUCUUUUCUUGUCAGGCUCCUAGGAAUGUCUCUGUGAUGCUGUUUGGUUCUAGAAAUAGAAUCACUUUUUUACUGCAAUAAAGGAAGGAUAACUGGUGGUCUUGCA